AUGGCUCGCUCAAUCUCGUUCUUGCUUCUUGGUUUUUGCUUGGUGAUAUUGGACUCGGUGCUGUCGCAAGCUCCAAGCGAUCCGGUACAAGAUUUCUGUCGACGCUUCUCUCAUCAAACUGCUCUUAUCAACCGGCAACUUUACAUCGACGGCGGCUUUGUCAACGCAAAUCCGCUCUCUCAAAACCCUCGAGCAGUCGCAAAUCCGAAUCUGCUGGUGCAGGAUCUAGACGUCCUCGAAAAUGGAAUGCCGAAGCCUUUCGCUAAUCUGUCCAAGAACGCGACGGUUCCAAGCGUUUCCGGUGGCAUCUUAUGGGAGGAUGACGUGAAUCAAGUCUUUUAUCUCUAUGGAGGCGAAUAUCCUCUCGUACCUAACAAUUUUGAGCUAUGGGCCUAUGAUAUUCCUUUGAACCAGUGGAAUGUCACCGCGCAGUCCGCCACAUCUUCCGAAGUGCAAAGAGUCGCCUGGGGCGCUGGGACAACCGUUGGUGGCAGGGCUGAGGGUUACUACUAUGGGGGAUAUCUCAACAACAGUACAACGCCAGGCUGGAAUGCUUCUCCCUUAGCGACGAGCACUCUGGUUAGAUAUGAUAUGAUAGCGAACAGCUGGACGAAUAAUACAGGGCCAGAUUCCGUCGGCAGGGCAGAAGGUGUCAUGGUUACCAUUCCAGCAUCUCGGCAAGGUCUGCUGGUGUAUUUUGGCGGAGUCGCCUUUCCCUACCGGAACUCGACAGAAGUCGCAUCGUCAAUGAGCACCAUUUUCUUGUAUGACAUUGCGGAAGGCAAAUGGUACCAGCAGAAUGCAACAGGCCAAGUUCCGGAGAACAGGCGUAAAUUCUGCGCCGGAGCAACAUGGGCCCAAGACCAGUCCUCAUACAACAUCUACCUCUAUGGUGGAGCAGGAUUCGCGGAGAAUGCCACUGGCUUCGAUGAUGUGUAUAUCCUCACGCUCCCAUCCUUCACAUGGAUCAAAUGGUAUCCUACUGAGCCAGGACCCGGCAGUCCGCACAAUAGUUUAAGCUGUAACGUUGUUGACAACGCGCAGAUGCUCAUCAUCGGAGGUACUUUUCCUGCGACUGAUGCCUGUGAUGCGCCUGAUGUUGUUGGAACGCACAAUCUGGACCUUGGAAAGAACAAUCCGGACCAGGCCAAGUGGAAUCUGUUUAAUCCAAAUCUGACUACUUACAACGUGCCUUCAGAGAUCAUCUCAGUCGUGGGUGGAAGCCCUGUCGGAGGCGCAACUGUGACGGCUCCGACACAAGGUUGGGACCACCGUGAUCUACCUGUUUAUUUCCAGCAGCAAGCAACGCAUGCUGUAAGAACACCGACUCGAGCGCUGCCCACAACGGGAUCUACCCCCAACCAAAGUAGCAGGUCCAACAGAGGCGCUAUCAUCGGCGGUGCGGUAGGCGGCGCAGUCGCCUUCUUACUGCUAGCGGGUCUCGCAAUCUUCCUCUGCAUACGCAGACGUGGAAGACGUGAACCGGCCAACAACAGUCCCACCACCGUUGAACCAAGUCAGCCAUCACCCCUCCCACCCUCAGCUCACCUCCCCUCCUACAUCGAACACAAGCCCUUCCCCUCCGCACCACCAACAACGAUGCAUCCCGCCCUAGCCCGCCCACCUGCCUCCCCGGACCUCUCAUACACCAGCACUCCCCCACCCAUGAUCAGAGCCCCAGCCCCAGGCCCAGCCCCAAAUCAAGACCAAUACCAAGACCCUCACUCCCCACCCCUCCACUCCGCCUCCUCACAGGCGACCCAGGUCGCAUCCCCGAUCCACAACCCACUUUACCAACAUCCAGCACAUAUCCCAGCCUCCCAACAACAACCCUAUUUUCCACCACCACCUGCGAGAGACCGUGUGCCGGACGAACAGGAGCAGAGCAGCACUACGGGGCCGAGUUACGAGAUGCCUACCAUGACGAGUCCGAGGCCGAGGAAGAAGACUUGGGGGGAUUGA